CUCACAAUCAACGAGAACUCAACUACUUCAUUGUCUUUAUCGGCACCAGCAUCACCACCUCUCCAAGCCAUUUCCGCUUCAAAUCCGCAAUUUAUCUACACCGUCAAACCGACUCUCAUGGGCAGGGAUGUUGAUGAAGCCUUAGACAAUAUUGAGUUUUCGACUGCUGUUGACGAAGCCACGCUAAAACCUCGCUCACUUCCGAAUUUCACUUCUUAUACACCUUCGAUUCCUCAAUCAUUCGGCCAAAUGGUGGAGAAAUCUUCCCCCAAUGUUAAUGGUAAUCGUUUACCAGCUUCUACAAGAGUGGGGACUUCACGUAAACCAGCAGACGUACAGCAAGUUCCGAUAAACACACAAUCGCAAACGAAGCGCCAUCAACCUUUGAGGGUGGAUGUUAAUCAGUUACCGAUCACAAAAGCUCCCCCACUGCACAACAUCAAGUCAUCGACACCUAAUCUACAGGGUCCUCCAUUCACAGAUGGUCCACACCGUCGAGGACCACAAGAGAAUUCACAAACCCCCAGUGUCACUGCCGAACGCAAGACCGGAAGUCUUGAUCGAGACGGAAUCUGGCGUCCGAACCGCAAUCCCAAAGGCCCAGCAACUAUUCAUCCAGGCAGUACAUCACCAAUUGCCCAUGGACUUGGAUAUCCUCCCUCAACUUAUCCCACUGAUCUAAUCAGUGGCAGUAUCCUUGGUCCCACAGGCUUCCCGAGACUUGACCGUCGACGAACAAUCAAUACUCCCCGACUCUUUCCGUUCGGCUCCCCUUUUGAGGGAUAUUUACCAGGUGGGAGUGGUAUUGGAGGUGUUGAGGUUCCCAUUGUUGUCCUCCCGCCUCCUGCUGUCAAUUCAAAUAUUCCCUACGCAGCGCCUCUCACUCCCUCCGCCUACAAUUCGACUAGUUUUCGACAUUACCCUACAUCACCCAAUAACAAUGGCAUUCGACGUGGAACUCAUACAGUAAAGAAGAAUUAUCAUGUCUGUCUUGUUGGCAGUGGUCCUUCGGCAUUCUACGUUGCACAAUCACUUCUCAAGGCCAACGAAAAUAUUCAAGUAGACAUGCUCGAAAAGCUACCGGCUCCGUUUGGUUUAGUUCGUUAUGGAGUUGCCCCUGAUCAUCCGGAAGUAAAGAACGUUAUUAGUACCUUUACUAAAGUUGCCAAAAAUCCCAGAUUCAAUUUUUUUGGUAAUCUGGUCGUUGGAAAAGACGUUAAGUUGAUGGAACUGCGGUCUGUGUAUGAUGCUGUUGUUUUGGCUUAUGGUGCCAGUGUGGAUAAAUACAUGAAUAUUCCCGGCGAAAACUUGCCGGGGGUUUUAUCCGUCAAAGAUUUCGUUGGAUGGUACAAUGGCUAUCCGAAAUCGAACUCCGUCCCUCCUGAUUUAAACAAUGAACACGUUGCCAUUGUUGGAAUGGGAAAUGUCGCCUUAGAUGCUGCAAGGAUUAUGCUCUCUUCCGUCGAUCGACUUAACGUAAAUUCCUUUUUUUGCUUGUAUAUUACUUUUUCUUUCUAA